CCCCUCACUUCCCUGUUUGGGGCACUUGGGCCCGUAGAAGGCGGUUGGGGAGCUGUCAGCGGGGCGGCUAGGGUGAACGCGAACGCGUCUGGGCGCGGGGUGGGCGCGGUCGACCUGGUCCCCGACCCGGCCCGCGACCCCAUACCUUGCAUGCACCCACACGCGGCCCCCUCAGCUGCCCGGUAGCGAACCACGCCGCUCGCUUGUCUGCCAGCUUCCUUCGUCUUUUCCCUCCGCCGGCCACGGAGACCCUGCUGGGGCUGAGGCUUCUGGGACUCAGGUGGCCAGGGCUGGCCUCGACCUCUUCGCCAUGUCCUCGGCGCGCGACGCCAGCAGCCACUUUCCCCUGCACCUGCUGGUCUGGAAUAACGACUACCGGCAGCUGGAGAAGGUGCUGCGCGGCCAGAAUGUGGAGGCUCUGGAUCCACGGGGUAGAACAUUAUUGCACCUUGCAGUUUCUUUGGGACAUUUGGAAUCUGCUCGUGUUUUACUUCGACAUAAAGCAGAUGUGACUAAAGAAAACCACCAGGGAUGGACAGUUUUACAUGAGGCUGUGAGCACUGGGGAUCCCGAGAUGGUGUACACAGUUCUUCAGCACCGAGACUAUCACAACACGUCCAUGGCCCUCGAGGGGGUUCCUGAGCUGCUACGUAAAAUUCUCGAGGCUCCGGACUUCUACGUGCAGAUGAAGUGGGAGUUCACCAGCUGGGUGCCCUUGGUCUCCAGAAUAUGCCCAAAUGAUGUCUGUCGAAUUUGGAAAAGUGGUGCCAAACUGCGCGUUGAUAUCACAUUGCUGGGAUUUGAAAAUAUGAGCUGGAUAAGAGGGAGACGUAGUUUUAUAUUUAAGGGAGAAGACAACUGGGCAGAGUUGAUGGAAGUCAACCAUGAUGAUAAAGUGGUCACCACCGAACACUUUGAUCUUUCCCAGGAAAUGGAACGCCUCACAUUGGACUUGAUGAAGCCAAAAAGCAGGGAAGUUGAGAGGCGGCUCACAAACCCAGUCAUUAACACCAGCCUCGAUACUAAAAAUAUUGCUUUUGAAAGAACUAAAUCCGGAUUCUGGGGCUGGAGGACAGAUAAAGCAGAAGUUGUUAAUGGUUACGAAGCAAAGGUUUACACAGUAAACAAUGUGAGUGUGAUAACCAAAAUACGCACAGAACAUCUUACCGAGGAGGAAAAAAAGAGAUACAAAGCGGACAGGAACCCACUGGAAUCUCUCCUGGGAACGGUGGAACAUCAGUUUGGUGCUCAAGGGGACCUCACCACGGAGUUUGCCACCGCAAACAACCCCACAGCCAUCACACCUGAUGAGUACUUCGAUGAAGACUUUGACCUGAAAGACAGGGACAUCGGGAGGCCGAAGGAGCUGUCAAUUAGAACCCAAAAAUUUAAAGCAACGCUGUGGAUGUGUGAAGAGUUUCCCCUCUCCCUUGUGGAGCAGGUCAUUCCCAUCAUUGACCUCAUGGCUCGAACUAGUGCGCACUUUGCAAGACUGAGAGAUUUCAUCAAACUGGAAUUCCCACCUGGAUUUCCUGUCAAAAUAGAAAUUCCCUUGUUUCACGUCUUAAAUGCACGGAUUACCUUUGGAAAUGUUAAUGGCUGCAGUACUGCUGAAGAAACUGUCUCUCACAACGUGGAAGGGACCCAGGCUGAUUCAGCUUCUCAGGUCACAAACUUUGAGGUUGAUCAAUCUGUGUUUGAAAUUCCUGAGUCUUAUCAUGUUCAAGACAAUGGAAGAAAUGUGCAUUUGCAAGAUGAAGAUUAUGAGAUAAUGCAGUUUGCCAUCCAGCAGAGCCUGUUGGAGUCCAGCAGGAACCAAGAACUUUCAGGACCGGCUUCGAAUGGCGGGAUCAGCCCGAUGCACAGCUAUGAAGCCCAGUAUGAGAGGGCAAUCCAAGAAAGCCUCCUCACCAGCACUGAAGGCCUGUGCCCGGGUGCCCUGAGUGAGACAAGCCGUUUUGAUACUGACUUGCAGUUGGCCAUCCAGCUCUCUGCCAAAGAGCUGGAGGAGCGGGAACUCCAGCUCCAGGAGGAGGAAGCUGAGCUCCAGCAAGUCUUACAGCUGUCGCUCACUGAGAAAUAGACCUUUCUGCCCCCGGGCUGCACAUGAGUGCUAUGUCAACUGAGGUCCUGGCGCAGAGGGCCUACCCUUGGUGCAGAUGGCAGCUGCCCCCCUUUCUGCAGAGGUGCAAGACCAGGGACUCCAAGGCCCAUCCAGGAUGCUCCCGAGAGUGGGGAAGGGGGAUUGGCAGGUCCCAUCUCCAGGCUCAGGGGAAGACAGCAUCGUCACUUUCCUUUAGCUAUAUAGGCUUGCAGGUCACAUUUUUACUACCAGCUUUAGACAAAAACCCCAACCCCCACAGGUUUGUAGACACAUUUUUAUCAAGGAGUGAUAAUAAAACAAGUUAUUGCAGAGUCAGGGUGCUUUUAUAUAUGAGAGCAGCAGCAGCAGCAGCCUUUGUAGAAUGGUUUAGGAAUUUAAGACCUUGUACUGUUCACCAAAGAAAUGGGUUGUGCCGAUCUACUCUUUAUUUUUACCUUUAUAUAGAUGUUUCUAGAACAUUGUCAUUAUUCCUCCUCCACCUCCACCUCAUUCCAUUCCUUCCACCCCAGCUAAAGUUAAAGAGGAAAUAUAUACAGGAUCUAUUUUAGAUUGUGGUUAACUAUUUGCAUCAAAUUAAGAUAUACAAAUAACCACGGAUGUUGCCUUAGCCUUAAAAAAUUACCAAUAGUUUCAAACCACCUCACUCCACAUAUUGAGAGAUCGAUUUGAAUUUGCAGAGGCAGUUCUUUGAGAGCUAAAUCUAAGGCAGCUAAUCCUGUCCCUGAAGGUGCAGCUAGGGGAACCCACGUCUUGUUCUUGAAGUGGGUAAGCUGGCCAUGACAGUGGAACAGCAGAGAACCAAGCAAAGCAUGUGUCCAGCGCCUCCUCCAGUGAGGGAUUUCUGUGCAGGAGCCUAGGAAUAACUGGCUGCAUGUUCUAGUUUCACAUGGAAGAAAGGGGUAGAUUUGAAAUUAGAAAGGGAACAUGGAGCUAAAUGGCGCUUCAUUCAAAAGGGAAAAUGAUAAUUCCAUGUUGCUUUUUAGAGUUCAAAUCAACAUCUUUCUGGAUAAAUAUAUUUUUAACAGAAUCUUUUUAUUAUUUUUAAAAGCUAGAAAAAUGACUCUUCCCAUCAGUAGCAAUACAACGUUAUACAUUUUAACCAGAUUUUUCUCAGGCCUUUUUUGGUAACUAUUUUGUCUAACCCUCUUGUAAAUAUCUAUCACGUAACAUACAGACCCCUGGGAAUACAGCACCUCAUUCUCAUUCCCAUAGGCUGCACUGAAAUAACCUGGUAAACGAUCUCCGCCUGUUUCACAGCUGUUUCCUGUUAUGCUUCUUUUGGGAGAGGGAGAGGAACAUAAACUACCGUUCCAGUUAACGUCUAUCAUACAGUUAGUGUUGCCAGUAAAACAUUCUUUGACACAAAGAACUGUGCUUUUAAGUCAA